UUAUGGCCCCAGUACAGGUAGCGUGACGGAACGACGUAGACGCCUUCCGUUGUGGGCGGGAUCAGAGAUUUGUUGUGAAGUUGGUUGUCAGGGAACUGAGAGUGGUAUAGAGAGGGGGAUACAAGAACACGUGACCUCCAUCUGAGACCCCCCGAGAGAGCGGAGAGGUGAGAGACCCCCUUCCUUCCCGGGGAGAGGUUCCUUAUGUGACACUUCCUGUGCUUUACUCCAGUGCUGGUUACUGGGGGGGUCCGACCCCUCUGGGGGCAGAGUUCUCCCAUCUACGUGCCAACAUGGCCGCACCAGGGAUGACGAAAACUUCAUGGAAGCUGCAGGAGUUUGUUGCUCACGCCAGCAAUGUGUCAGCUGUGGCAUUGGGGAAGAGUUCAGGCCGUCUCUUGGCCACAGGUGGAGAGGACUGCCGAGUUAACCUGUGGUCAGUGAAUAAACCGAACUGCAUCAUGAGUCUGACUGGUCACACAUCCCCAGUAGAGAGCGUGCGGUUCAACCCGUCGGAGAAGCUGAUUGUUGCCGGAUCACAGUCGGGAUCUUUGCGGAUUUGGAAUAUGGAAGAAGCCAAAAUACAGAGAACAUUAAUGGGUCACAAGGCCAGCAUUUGCAGUUUGGAUUUUCAUCCCUAUGGCGAGUUUGUUGCGUCCGGAUCUCUGGACACAAAUAUAAAGCUCUGGGAUGUGCGGAGGAAAGGUUGUGUGUUUCGAUAUAAGGGUCACACACAAGCUGUGCGCUGCCUGCGCUUCAGCCCGGAUGGCAAGUGGCUGGCAUCCUCUUCAGACGACAACAGUGUAAAGCUCUGGGAUUUGAGUGCCGGGAAGAUUAUAGCAGAGUUGACGGAACAUCGAGGACCCGUCCAGAUUGUGGAGUUUCAUCCCAAUGAGUAUUUGCUGGCCUCGGCGAGUUCGGACAGGACGCUAAGGUUCUGGGAUCUGGAGAAGUUCCAGCUGGUUGGCUGUGUGGAAGGAGAAGCAACUUCUUUCAGGACGAUCCUGUUCAGUGGUGAUGGUGGUUGUCUCUUCUGUGGAGGCCGCGAUGCUCUUCGAGUCUAUGGCUGGGAACCUGAGCGAUGCUUUGACACCGUCCCUGUGUCAUGGGGCAAAGUCUCCGACCUGUCCCUCUGUAACAACCAGCUGAUUGGUGUCUCUAUCGCCCAGACGAAUGUCUCUUCCUUUGUGGUAGACCUAAACCGUGUAAAACUGAUUGGAUCAGAGCCACAGGGGUCUCUUCCAGCUGAGAUCCCCAUCCGUCAGCCAGCACCCUCUGCGUCCUCAUUGAGAAGAAUCUACGAGAGACCGUCUACCACCUGCAGCAAACCAAAGAGGGCAAGUCCAUGCAGUGAGGAGGAUGAGAAGGAGUCCAGUGCUGAGAUCCAGAAUCCAGAAGACUAUAAAGAAAUCUUCCAACCAAAGACUGCAAUCUCACGGACUCCUCCACGUGAAAGCGAGCCGUUCCCAGCCCCCCCAGAAGACGAAUGUGUCCCUGUAAAGGAGUCUGUCCCGCCAGCAGCAGAAGUAGUCACACCUGUCGCGGCCAUGAAUAAAAAUCGUGAACAGCUGAACAGACCCCCUGUGGCAUCUUCUACCCCCACAGUGUGCCCUGAUCCCCCUGCUGCCCCUUCCACCCCCAGCCACCCCCCGGUUAUCUCUGCUGCCAGAAAGGAGCCCAUCGGGUUGAAAGUGGCCGACUUCCUUCCAGUGGUAAAGGGCUCGUCUCCAACAGAAGUUGGGGAUGAGGAAGCCGUGGGUCAGAUCCGGAAGGGGCAUGACACAAUGUGUAAGGUGCUGAUCAGCCGAAUGCGCAAUCUGGACACGGUGAGAGCUGUAUGGAGCACCGGGGACAUCAAGACCUCUAUGGACUCCGCUGUGUCAGUAAAUGACAUGUCGGUGGUUGUGGACAUGUUAAAUAUCAUCAACCAGAAAGCGUCGCUGUGGAAACUGGAUCUGUGUUUGACCAUCCUCCCACAGAUAGACAAACUGCUACAGAGCAAAUACGAAAGCUACAUGCAGACUGGCUGCAUUACCCUGAAGUUGGUGCUGCAGAGGUUCCUCCCGCUGAUCACAGAGAUGCUGGCGGCUCCACCCUCAAUGGGUGUGGACAUUUCCCGUGAGGAGAGACUGACAAAGUGUAAGACGUGCUACAAGCAGCUCCGAAGCCUCUCGUCGUUGGUGAAGAGCAGAGCGUCUCAGAGCGGCCGGUAUGGAAGUGCCUUCCGAGAGCUACACCUCCUAAUGUCUGCGCUGGAAUAAGCUGGCAAGCCAUGGAUAAAUUCGCAGAAUUCUUCACCAGUGCUGAACUGUGACGUGGAGGAACUAUUUAUUGGUCGGUACUGUGGAUGUGCCUGUUAUCAGAAUAGGGAACUUUACUGGUAUAGAAAGUCCUGGAAUUGGCACCUGAUCAUGUGGCUGGCCGCCCGGGGCUCUGCGAUGUCCAGAGACCACCAGCCAUCGCCUGUUUUAUCCUUUCUAGUGACAAUAAAUUAAAUUUCAUAUUUUAUGUUA